UAAUACCUAGGCUCGCACCUCCUUACAGCAUCACGCCUUAUCGCGCUGGAAAAAGACGAUGGCGGUAUCCGCCCUAUCGCUAUCGGUGACAUGAUCUAUAGAAUCGCCAUGAAAGCUGUUAUUGCCACGCUCUUCCGCCCCGAGAUGCUACUCCCGAACCAGCUCGGUGUCAGCUCCCCCGGCGGCGUCGAACCCGCCAUCUUUGCGCUCCAAAGCGUCAUUAUGAGCGACUCUACCGAGUUCGACACUAUCACCUCGGCCGANUUGUCCAGAAGUGGGGGCAGUGGAGCGCCUCUCGCAGAGCUCACUCCAGAACUCAAAGCACAGCUCUGCCAGAAGCACCCAAUCGGCCCCAAAGACCCCUUCCAGAUUAGAGCCCGCCCACACGCAGGCCAGCCUAUCAAGAUCGAUGCCAUCCGCACAGCGAUCCGUACCACCAGUAAAGAAAAGGCCCCUGGUCUCAGCGGUUGGACGCGCUCGCUUCUCGACAUUGCGACAGCAGACGAAACAGACGGCUCUACGCGCACCGGCGUGCUUGCUAUGAUCCGCCAUAUUGCAGAGGGCAUCCGACUAGCUACAGCGAAAGGCUCGCACCUCCUUACAGCAUCACGCCUCAUCGCGCUGGAAAAAGACGAUGGCGGUAUCCGCCCUAUCGCUAUCGGUGACAUGAUCUAUAGAAUCGCCAUGAAAGCUGUUGUUGCCACGCUCUUCCGCCCCGAGAUGCUACUCCCGAACCAGCUCGGCGUCAGCUCCCCCGGCGGCGUCGAACCCGCCAUCUUUGCGCUCCAAAGCGUCAUUAUGAGCGACUCUACCGAGUUCGACACUAUCACCUCGGCCGAUGAAAGCAACGCCUUCAAUAACCGCGACCGUACAACUAUCGCAACAGCAGUCCUCAACCAUGCGCCCACGCUGCUACAAGCCUCUGCCUGGGCACUCAACCACCCGGCGCUGCUUGUACUCUCAGACGGCACAGCUCUAGCCUCUGCGCAAGGUCGCCCAACUAUCGAAGCGCUCCAAAGAAAGCUGCUAAACUCCCGCAUUUUCGCUUACCUGGACGACCUCUAUGUACUUGGUUCGCGUAAAGAUCCGGAAAUCAAACCAGUACUCCUAGAAACCUUCACCGAACACAACCUUGAACUCAACAUACGUAAAACCAAGGAACACAAGAUCGAAGACCUUCGAACUACAGGCCUGCCGGUGCUAGGCUCGUUUGUGGGGCCACGAGCUGCUCGAAAAACGUUCCUCGAGAAGAAGAUCGACAAGUAUAACUCUAUCCUUCUCACUCUACGCACGCUGCCCAAACAGCAUGCAUUACUGCUACUUAAAGGUAGCAUUAACCACCUGCUACGCCACUUGCUCCGCCAGCUCGCCCCGCGCGGGCUUAUAGAACUAUGGCAACAAGCCGACGCCGCUACAAUCGCCGCACUAGGCCACAUCGCGUCUCGUCGACUCCAGCCAAUCAAUAUAGAGCAUGCUGCCUUAAUUAGUAUCCCAGCCCGCCAAGGUGGACUCGGACUUAUAUUACAUGCGAAAUUCAUUCUACAUGGUAAGACAACACCUACUAUACUACUACUAGUCGAACCCGCCCACCCGGCCGAAACAGCGCAAAGCGUGCUUAAGAGCUUCUAUACAGAACAGCUCAAGAGCCUCGACUUAAUCUCCGAACUCGAGCGCAAUGCUCUCGCCGAAAACGCAAGCUACCUGGGUCGUCGCUGGAUCGAGGUUCUACCAACAAGUCCCAACACCAUGUUCACCGACGCUGAAAUCACCGAGGGACUCCGAAACAGGCUCUUAAUACCUAUAAAGCCACUAGACUUACCCUGUACACACUGCGCUGCACGUACCGCCAUCAACCACCAAGAUACAUACAAAGCCGCCCAAAGACGCUACCAAGCACGCCACGACCAGAUCAACCGAGCUAUUACUAAAACACUUACUUGCCGGGAAGAUCUUGAAGUCGCUCCAGAGGUAGCCAUCCCAGGAGUCAACGAGCACGUCGACUUCGCUAUUACGCUCGGCUCGAGCAAAUACUACUACGACAUCCAAGUCGUGGCAGUCAACAAAGCGUCAGCGAAAGACAAGCUCCAGAACACGCUCGCCGAGGCCUACAAGGCAAAACAGCUCAAAUAUAGCUGCCUUGCAGCUAUAUCGAUCGCCAACUAACAACCUCAAUAAACGGCUCAAAGAAACCCGAAAAACCGCUCCAAAACAACAGCACUAAACAGACCACGCAACAUAUAAAACCGAAGAGUACCACUACUAUAAUACUAUCAAGGCUACAAUAUCGCUCUUAACAGCAAACCACUCUACCCAAGUCUCCAAGACUCUAAAACACUUCAACAGUCUUUUAACUUCUCAACUUUCUUUCUUUUUCUUUCUUUACUUACUUUACCUGUACUUUUGGUAGUUAUUUAGAGUAGUAUAACUUUGCUAGAAUAAAUAGAGACCUUUACCACCCUA